AUGGAGGAGCCAGACUCAAAUAUCAUUUGGGCUCUCGCAGCAGACCUGGACAGGCUGACCCCUCAUGCUGAAGUGCAUGAGAUAUCCAGAGUUGAGAAAUCCUUCGAAACCCAAAUCGAACGCGUCUACAAGUGCCAGCGAGCACUGAACGGUGUUCCAAUUAGGGUCGGCAAUCUUCACCAUGCGAAUGUCCUCGUCAAGACCACUGAUGAUCGAUUGUACUUCAUUGGGUUCACCGGCGAGAGAUCUGGCCCCGGCUCCACCGAAUUCUUCGAGGUCAAAUCUGCGUCCGAGGCUCUUGACAACCGCUCACGAUUUACCGAGCACAAUCACACGAAAAGCGGCACGACUCGUCGGCAUUGGCUGAAGGCGAAGACGGGGCAAGCUCCUGGAUCCCCGACAACACUUGGAGACCUAGUUCGAUUCUGCGAGACGAUGGCUGCCGCCAAAGAUUAUCACGUUCUCAAACACAACUGCCAGCAUGGCCAAGCGGCACUACUUCAUUAUAUGGAUCGGGCCUCGCCAAAGGCAAGCACUGCGGAAAGCUUCCAACUGAAGACAACCUUAACUCAUACGGCCGACCCAGUGCAGCAGGCCGUCGAAGCCAGUCUCUUCAAUCAGGCAAAGUCCCACCAACAGCUACCCUUCAACUUUGUUUCUACCAUAGACAUCCCCACCGCUCGGCAAAGCGAUCUGCACUAUAUGCCCUUUGCACCCUCGAGACCCCAACUCAGAGACCAUCAGCCUUCAGGAUUCGCGCCUACUACAGAGCAUCCAGCCAGCGGCAGCGAUCAGCGUCCACCCCCCUAUACAGGGAGACACACACCUAGACCCAACUAUUCCAGUGGGUCUCUACCCGAGGAAGAGCCUCGCAUUCGCGUCGAAUCGAGGGAAGGUACUGGCAGAUUUCUCACGGCAACCGUGGUUGGCGGAGCGGCGGGGAUGGGCUAUUCCGGUGCAUCCGCCAUGGUGUUUCACGGGGUUUCUCUGAGUAUCAAAUUGGGUGUAGGAAUCAGUGCUGGUUCUCCGGCUGUGACGGUGGGUGUAGCUGCCACUGCACUGAAUCCAGUCGGCGCUGCAUGGAUGGCCGGCGUUUUUGUAGUCUCGGCAGGAACACUGGUUUACGGUGCGUUGAAGUCACAAAGUAAUGACUGA